AUGACGAAAAGAAAUUACGAAGUAACGGCAGCACCGGGUAAUGACGUACAACUUCAAAUGGUUGGAAAUGGUGAUAGUUCACCAUCGCAGGGAUCCCCAUCGAAAGAACCAUACGAUCCACAUUUACAUCGAAACAGGCCAACACCUACAACUAAUUGGGAAACUUUGGUUCAUUUAUUAAAAGGUUCACUCGGUACAGGGAUAUUGGCAAUGCCAAAUGCAUUUUAUAAUUCAGGAUUAAUUUUAGGAACAAUAUCAACAAUAUUAAUAGGAAUGUUAUGUACGUAUUGCUUACAUAUAUUGGUACGGGCACAAUAUGAACUGUGUAAAAAACUCAGAGUUCCAAUUUUAUCAUAUCCUGCUUCAAUGGAAAAAGGACUUGAAAUGGGACCAAACAUGCUUCGGUGUUUCGCUAAAUAUUCUGCGAUUAUUGUGGAUGUUUUUAUGAUCGUGUAUCAAUUGGGUAUUUGUUGCGUUUAUAUCGUGUUCGUUGCAACGAAUAUCAAAUCCGUCGCCGAUUAUUACAUCAAACCGUUCGAUGUGAGACUUUACAUGCUUAUUUUACUACUUCCUUUGAUACUUAUUAACUACAUACGAAACCUUAAACGACUUGCUCCCCUAUCGACAUUAGCCAAUGUUAUUACAUUCGUAGGCUUAGGUAUUGUUUUAUAUUAUAUAUUUGAUCAAUUGCCAUCGAUCGACACGGUCGAAUACGUGGGAACUUUAAAAGGUUAUCCAUUGUACGUCGGUACGACAUUGUUUGCUUUAGAAGCUGUCGGAGUUAUAAUUGCACUUGAAAAUAAUAUGGAAACGCCAAAAUCAUUCGGCGGUUAUUUUGGCGUUUUAAAUCGUGGAAUGUUUGUCAUAGUUAUCCUAUACGUUUUGGUCGGUUUUUUCGGUUACAUCAAAUACGGUAGUGAAUCUGCAGGAUCCGUUACUUUGAAUUUACCGCAACAGGAAAUAUUAUCCCAGUCAGUACAAAUUCUUUUUGCCAUUGCAAUAUUCAUAACUUAUGCAUUGCAAUCAUACGUUCCUGUUGAAAUAAUUUGGUUCACUUAUUUAAAAGAUAAAUGUGAAAAAAGCAAUCACAGUUUACUAUACGAAUAUUUAUUAAGAACUACUUUAGUAAUAUUGACGUUUUUAUUAGCAGUUGCCAUUCCAAACUUGGAACUUUUCAUUUCGUUAUUUGGAGCAUUAUGCCUUUCUGCUUUAGGAAUUGCUUUUCCAGCAAUAAUAGAAAUGUGCGUUUAUUGGCCAGAUAAACUCGGUCCUUUCAAAUGGAUUUUAAUUAAAGAUAUUUUAUUAAUUAUUUGUGGAGUUCUCGGUCUCGUUGUUGGAACUUAUUGUGCUAUUAGAGACAUUAUUGCAACAAUGUUUUAA